AUGGGCGACCGGAAUCUGGAACUGCAAACCACACUCGUUCGCUACAACAACCCCGUGCUGGUGGUGAAGCAUGUUGAAAAACGAGAACCAGCGGGUGAUUCGGCUCCAGCGAAGGAACAAACAGGCCGUCCUGGGUCGGGUGGUGCCGUCGUAGUAGAUAGUCCGCGUGAGACGGAAGAAAUUCUUAACUGCAUUUUGCCACCGAAAACAUGGGAAGAAGAUGGUCAACUGUGGACACAAACCGUUUCCAGUACGCCUGCCACUCGUCAGGAUGUGAUCAAUCUGCAGGAAAUGUUGGACACCCGUCUGCAGCAAACGCAGGCACGCGAAACGGGCAUAUGUCCGGUACGGCGGGAACUCUACACACAGUGCUUCGAUGAGCUGAUCCGGCAGGUUACAAUCAACUGUACCGAGCGCGGUCUGUUGCUGUUGCGAGUGCGGGACGAAAUUGCGAUGUCACUCGAGGCGUACGAAACGUUGUACUGCAGUUCGGUGUCCUUCGGCAUCCGCAAGGCGCUGCAGGCCCAGGAAGGCAAGGAGAAGCUGCAGGAACAGAUACAGCAGGUGGAGCACGAGAAGGAACUGCUGCUAAACUCGAUCAGCGAUAUGAAGAUUAAGGCGGACCAGGCCGAACGAAGGAAUGCGGAACUGCGUGCGUCCGAGGAGAAGAAACACUCGGAAGAGAUUGCCUUCCUGAAGAAAACCAAUGCUCAGCUUAAGGCCCAGCUGGAAGGAAUUAUUGCACCGAAGAAAUAG